CACAUCCUAUCUGCUAACAGAGUAAACUCCAGAACAGUAGCAGAUAUGGCUCAUAGUAGCAAAAGUAUUCUUCGAAGGAGCAAAAGUGAGAGUUCUGACAACAACUCAGAAAUACCUGGGCCUCGUGAAUCAGCAGCAUCCCCGCCACCCAGCGCUUGCAGGUCGUCCUUUGAAGACACGCUGGCUUCUUCGUGUAAAUUCGGCCCAAGCUCUACAGAAAAUGAAUGCAGUCCGUUGAUAAUCGUAUCAAAAUUGGACUCGGUAUCCGCCGAGCGAUCACGCAAUACCAAUGAUUAUGAUCUUUACAACAUCGCAAUGGAAGAUGCAAACUCGCCUGGAGCGCAGCAGCAUCAACUCCAUAUGCACACUAUAAGUACAGUAGGCGUCGACUAUGACGACGAAGACGAGGACGAUUUGAUUCAAAAUGAUGGUAGAUCUCGGUCUUACACAAUAUGCAAUCAUCGGUGUCAGCAUCCACAAUAUUGUCUUACAACUCUGUUGUUGAUAGCUAGCUUGGUUUUAUUCGUUUCGAGUCUCGUCAUUCUAGGAAUAUCUUAUCAUUACUAUUCUAUAGUUUCGUCUCCGAAGGCUGUGUCCAACAAUAAUAUUAUAAUCAAUUCCCACGGCGGUGGGUUCGAUGAGGAAAGAGAAGCAGCGCUGAAAGGAAUAUUGUCAUCAAAAGCUUCUCUGAACAAUUUAUCGAAUGGUGCCGUUGCUUCGGACCAUCCAGUCUGUUCCAAGGUCGGUGCCGAUAUUUUGUCGAAGAAAGGAGGGAAUGCUGUCGAUGCCGCGGUAGCGACUGUCCUUUGCCUCGGCGUUGCAAACCCCGCCAGCUCGGGAUUGGGUGGAGGUGCAUUUAUACUCAUUCGAUCCAGCAAAACGCAUUUUGAAUCGAAACAGAAGCAACAGCAUACCAGAAACUCGUCGUCUACACUUUUGACUCCAGUGUUCGAUGAUGCCCGAGACUACACUAUCACAAACAACGAAGACCCCAAUUUUGUGACCGAGGUUGUGGAUUGUAGAGAAACUGCUCCGGAAAAAGCAUCUCGAGACAUGUACACAGGACUCCCAAGGCAAGCUUCCUUUGCCGGGGGAUUAGCCAUUCCUAUUCCUGGAGAAUUAAGAGGAUUGGAACUUGCUCAUUUCCGUCACGGGAGGCUUACCUGGAGCGAGGUGGUUGAGCCAGCUAGGUUGUUAGCAAGAGAUGGAGUUUUGGUGGGUAGCCAUCUUUCUGCGGAUAUCAAAGGGCUAUUCACGAGAUCUUUUCCUUGGCUCGGUGAAUAUGAAGACAACUUCUUGGCCAUUCGAAAGUAUCUUUCCUCUAGCAAUUCUACCGAAUACCUUCGAGAAGGCGAACUCCUUCGAAAUCCCAGCCUUGCAAAAUUGCUCCAAGAGGUUGCAGAACAAGGAGCAGAUGCCUUAUACAAGGGAAAGAAUGCGGAACUCUUAGUGAGAGAUAUCCAAGACUCGGGAGGAAUAGUAACUGUAAAAGAUUUGGAAACCUACCGAGCAACUCUACGAACCCCAAUCCGUGCCACUGUCUCGGGCUAUUCAAUAGUCGGCGUGCCACCACCCAGCUCGGGAGGAGCCGUCAUAAUUGGUAUUGCCCGCUUUUUGUCUGGCUACCCAAGGCCAUUUGCUUCAGCUUCUGAGACAUUGUCUGUUCAUCGAAUGGCUGAGGCGAUGAAGCAUGCUUUUUCUAUUCGCAUGUCUAUGAGUGAUCCGGCUUACAACGGAAACGUUACACAAGAUGCGGUCCGCGACCUAACCAGCAAUGGAUACAUGGAAUCCCUUCGGCGAAUCACAAGCGAUAAAACCACUCUCGGCCUCUCCCACUAUGGGGGACCCAAAUGGUCCCUAAUGCGCGAUGAUGAUGGAACAAAAGAGGUAGUGGACGCGCACGAAGGGGAUCGUCGAGAAAUACGACAUCUACUAAGCGAUGACCAGCAGAGAACCAAGCCUAGUACUCUGCCAGAGAUUGCUGUGGGCACUGGUGGAAUUCAUGCGAAAAGCAGGAGCAUACAGAAUCGCAAAAUGAGUCAGCGGUUUGGAUAUUUAGAGGACAAUGGCACUUCACAUUUAUCUGUUGUGGACAAGGAUGGCAAUGCUGUUGCCGUAACGACCUCUAUCAAUGGCAUUUUUGGAAGCAUCGUCUUCAGUGAAUCGACGGGUAUCAUGCUGGGCAAUACCAUGGACGACUUUGGGGUUCCUGGUGCUCCCAAUCAUUUUGGACUUCGUCCCUCCGAGUCAAAUUUUGUCGCUCCUGGAAAAAGGGUAAGUAGAAAUCAAUUAUUUGAAAGGACGAAGAAACCAUAUGCUUCUUUGACCUGUUAACAUGAACAAGCACCUAACACAUUUGACUGCAACUGCUCGUACCCUACAUCAGCCUUUAUCAUCGAUGAGCCCAACAAUGGUGUUUCGCAGGACUAAUCGUUCCGAUGUCAUAACUGCAUCCGAUAAUAAAUGGGAAAAUCUAGCCAUGGUCUUGGGUGGUUCCGGCGGACCUAAGAUCAUUACCGCUGUGAUCCAAGUAUUUUUAAACGUUUUUUUUCUUGGGAUGCCCUUGUUUGAUGCCAUUGCCAGGCCUCGUGUACACGACCAACUGUUGUAUCACGAGUCCGUCGUGACAACUACCGAGAGAGCUAUUCUGAAAGGAGGGACGAAAUCCAAUUAUACCGAAAUCACAAUCGAUGUUCCUCAACGAACAAAGGAUGCACUGUUGAAACGUGGGCACAAACUCAUUGACAUCGAUUACACAGGAUGUGUCCAAUCCAUACUCGUUGAUCCUGAUACCAAUACAUUAUCGGCCGUAAGCGACGUACGAAAAGGUGGAAGUCCGGCUGGAUACUGAAAUCUUCAUUCAGUACUAAACUAAGAUUGACUCGUAAACGAUAUUGCGUAAAGAUGAUUCAGGAACGAAGUUGACGAAAACGGAGUUUCUGAUGUAGCAACCUUCUACUUCGAAGCUCGAACCUAGCAAAUUGACCAAUGGCUCAUGGUGAAAGAGAAACUACUGCUCAAAUAGCAAACAAACCCAAAACGGGAACAGAAAAAUGACAAUGCUGUUGUUUAUUUGACUUUCUAUUGUUACACACGAUCAGAUGCCAUUACACUCGGUAUAACUAUGCUAUUGAACCGUGAUGGUAAUCUCCUCACCCGUCCCCUCGUACUUGAUCGAAGAUUUGAUGUUAAUAUACCCACUACGCCGAAUAUAUUCAGCCAAAGUUUUUAGUAGAAAGUUGUUAUCAAGCGGGUCACCCUCGACUUGCAAGACCUUUCCACUCCAGAGUGUCGCAGGAGCGCUGAGCGAUAAAACAUAUGUGGCUAGUACACCAUUUGAUUCAGGCGCAAUUGUUUUCACGUCUCCCUUGAACGCGUAACCACCAAUGAGAAAUAGAUUCACAAUUUGUCGAAUUCCCGACAAUAGCGCGACGGAGUCGGGUUUGUAACCGAUGUUGGGAAUCUUCGAUUCUGUAUUGGCGAAAUUUUCUUCGAGUUUAUCCAAGAUUUUACUUCCCACCUUCUUGUCGAAAGUGGGUAUCAGCAUUUUGUUGGUUAAAGUUGGAUCUCGUUGCACAAUGACAGGGACGAAUCUUGCCGUUCCAUUAGGAUUCAUGCUCGGUUCAGAUGAACCCUCAGGAGGGACCUGUUGUUCUUCAAAGACGUAUGGUGGAUCCUGUGUGACCUCCCGAUUAAUUGUUUUAUAUUGCGCAAAAGAAAUGAAAUCAAAAUAAAAGGGAUCGGUAAGGUCACCCUGUGUGACCAUUCCUGCCCCAAGAUUUUUCGUGUAUGUUUCGUACUCAGCAACUCGAAUAAGGAAAAAAUCCCGUUGGAACUGAUCCAUGGCCACGCAAUCCAUCUCAUCCAGAGCAUUGUAAGAGGAUCUCAUCAAAAGAACUGCAAAAUCCUGAGAUAGUUUCCGCCGCAAUAUCUUCGGUGGUUUAGGACGCAGUUUUCUCUUGGCAAUCGCGAGGACACUGUCCGUGUCUUUAGCUCGAACGGGUUCUGCUGCCGAGGCUGGGAGUUCCAGUGUCGUGGCCACCGCUGCAAGAAAACAGGUGUUGGCGAAAAGAUUUCGUCUUGUCGAAGAUGUACUCAUGAUAGGAGUAAUUUUAUCUAUGUUCGAUACUACUGUUGCCUGUUGUUCGUUCUCGAAGUCUCCUUCACAGUCAAACCGAAUACCUCUCAAUUGAACCAAAUUUCCAUCAUCUCCCCUCCCAAUAAAGGACGUCGCAGAAG